AUGGUCUUCACAAACAAGAGCUACGGAGUGGCGACACCAGCAGAUAAAUUCGCACAGGCAACAAAGAAACGCCCCGUCCUCUACUUUGGCCUGCCCUUCCUCCUCACCGUCGUCGUCGGCUCCUUUGCCCUUUCCGAGCUCACCGCUACCAAAUACAACGUCCACGACAACCGCACCAAAGCCUUGACGAAGGAAGAAGGACUAAAACUGUCAUCAAAGUCGAGGAGAAAGCUGGAUCUGCAGGAGGAGUACUGGCGUCUGCAGGCACAGGAUAUUGAUGAUGACGAUUGGGAGAUCAAACGAGUUGAUUCACAGGCAGCUCCCGGUGUCACCACCUCUCCUACCGCAACGGCAGCAUCAGCUCCAACGGCAGCAUCUUCAAAAUAA